AUGAGUGGUAAUAAACUCAUGGGUCAACAUGCCUUUUCCUCUCGUCAAAAACACUUGUUGCUUCGUCCGCAGCAAACCAACGCCAGCUCGUUUUUCAGUUCAAGCAUGGGUUAUCAUGCAAACCUGAGUCGACACCUCCCAGACCAAGAACCCAUCAUGAUGACUCCCUCGCCUUUACGACGCCAAAACGCUUUUCUUCAGGAAGACCGCUCCAACAUGUCCAAUGACAAGGUCAACUUCUCCAUCCCAAGCUCCACUACUGCCACCCAUGCCGACGACUUGGUCCAUUCCAAUGUCUCAUCCCCAAUGUCGUCCCAACUUGAAAGCGAAGACCCAAAAUGUAGAAUAUGCUUUGGAGAAUCAGAAGAAGGUGGUGCAGCUUUUAUCGUUCCCUGCAAAUGCAAUGGCAGCAUAAGAUACGUCCAUGAUCUAUGUCUCAAAGAUUGGAUGUCCAGCAAGACUUUACCUCGACGAUGUAGCACGUGUAUGGAACCAUUCAGCUUUUAUCCACCUACAUUACAAAACCCUGUACGUUCGAGGAGAAGACCCAUCCUGCGUACCGUGCUCGUUAUUGCAUUGACCACGUUUAUCAUGGAAACCUAUCGAUGCACUGAAUUACAAAAGAUUCCCGGCUCCGAACUUGACGAUCAAGAUACCUCCACCCUUGGAAAACCAGAUUACAUAUGGCUACCGAUUGUGCAACACAAAUGCUGGCGUGAGAGUUUACUUGCGACCGUAUUGAACUAUACAUUCCAUUCACCCAUCAUUUUAUGCAUUCUUACCUUUAUCCUAUUUUAUCGCAUUUCAAUGUCUCUCAAAUCAACUCCAUGA